AUGGAUAAAUCACAUAUCGAAGCUCUUGCAAUAAAUAUCGUUAGUAAGGCUAACGCUCUCCCCUCCUCCAGUGAGAACACUAGUAUUCCAAAAGUAGAUCCGUGCCCAAUAUGCGGGAAUGAUAUCUAUACGCUUGAACUCUCCGUAAUCAAAGAAUUUACCUUAGCUUCCUGUGGACAUAUUUUUCACCAAAAAUGUCUCAAAGAGUAUUUGGUGGAUGGUGAGUCUAGUUGCCCUUAUGAUGGUUGUAAUAGAGAUAUCGAAACUUUUCUCUCUUGGGAUCUUUUAAAGGGAUUGCAAAACCAGACAGCCCCCAUAGACGUAGAAGUGCUUACAGAAGAAUCUACAAACCAGAAAAAACGUUCUAGCGAGUUUGCUUCGGAAAAAGAUUCAAAUAAAAAAGCGAAGCAGACCAGGAAGCAGAUUGAUAGAGAUGAAUCCCCUACAUUGAAAAAACUAAUUAUGGAGUUGACUUCUCCGGAGUCCCAAGAAGAUGGUCUCUCUCGAGACUCCCUCAUCACUUUGCAGUCACGUGUCUCUGAGAUGGACGUAAACUCGCUUGAUUUUCUCGAUUUAUAUAAUAAGAUUGGUACUGCUGAAGACAAUCUUCGAAGAACCUUUCAUGAUUUGCUUCGAUGCUAUUAUAUUUUUGGCCAAGCCACUAAGCAGUUAUUCGAUCAUUUUAGAAAAACUUGUAAUGAGGAUGCAUCUAAUGCUAAAGUUAACGAUAGAAUCAUGAAUCAGAUUUCUGUACAAGAUAAGCUUACCGAGACUAACCUUCGAAAAAGAAAGGAAAGGGGUAAAAAGGUUUUCAGACUUUUUAGUAAUGUUGGUGGUAUAGAAGCAAUAGAACGAUUACAUUGUGGUAAUAAAAAGUAUAUUAACAUAAAAACACGAAUACUAAGAAAGACUCAAAGACAUAGCUAG